CUUCUUUUCCCUGCUACAAAACACAAAAACACGAACACUACGAAAACAGCAUGUUGGUCGUACCUGACGAAAGCAAUUUCAUCAAUCAAUAUCUCAAUGAACUUUCUUCCCGCUCGGUGCGAUUCGGCCAAGAUUAUACCUCGCGACAGCUCCCUAAACCUUUAAAGAUUAAGAGAUCACCUUUAACGCCAUCUCAGCCUACCACAACUGGUAUGAAUAUGAAAGAGGGGGGAGAAGUGAGGAGACCAGGCGAUGAAAGGCGGGAGAGAGAAAAGAGGGAGUACGAGGAGGGAAGGUGUGAGGUGGGUGGGGAGAGACACAGAGACAGAGAGAAUAAGUUUAAAGUAGUUGGGGUUAACCAAGGGCAAAUACUAAUAUUCCAAGGGGUUGGGCGCGGGUUUUCCUUUAGAUGCUUCUAACGAGCAAACGAUUAACCUGACCAUCAAGAUUCUCAAGCCAGCAUCACAGUUGACGAUUAGUGGCAUUUCUUUAAACGACACUAUUGAAGAUCUCAAGGAACGUAUACACAAGCAGAAAUCGGAGGUGACGAUAAGCCGACAACGAUUGUUAUUGAAAGGCAAAGUGCUGAGUGAUAACAACAAGACGUUGGGUGAUUAUGGAUUGACGGACAAGGCAACGCUCAAUUUGAUGUUGAUGGCUGCUGCUGCUGCUGCUGCUGCACCAUCUAAACAAGCAGAGACAACAACGGAUACCAAAUUUGGAUUGACGGUGGCAACGG